AUGAGCUCGGACGACGCACCGCGCGCCCCAGCCGAGCUGGUGGAUGACCCAGACGACCCGGAGCUUAGGCCGGAGGAGCUCAACUUCAGCGACGCCUACAAGUCCUUCGAAGAGGCGAUGAAGCAGGCGCUGAAGGACGCGCCAGCAGAGGGCGGCCAGGCCGAGGCCGCCUUCUCGUCCAUGAUGGCCAACCUGGCCGAGGAGAUGGCUAAGACGGAGGUGGAGGGCGCCGAGGACCCGACCAUGACCUCCGAUGCUGAGAAGAUGGGCGGCGAGCCGGACAUGGCUGAACUCCUGCGCACUUUUGGUGGCGGUGGCAGCGGCGCUGCGCCGGAUGCCGCCUCGCUGGACGCUUUCAUGCCGCUUAUGCAGACGGUUAUGAGCAGCAUCCUCUCCAAGGACGUGCUGUACCCGUCGCUGAAGGACGUGUCGGACCGCUACCCCGCCUGGCUGGCCGAGCACGGCCCAGCGCUGGCCGAGCCCGAGCGGCAGCGCUACCAGCGCCAGCACCAGCUCAUGUUGGACGUGUGCGCCGUGUUCGAGGAGGAGGCGACCGGCGCCGAGGCCGAGCGCGCUCGCCAGGAGCGCGUGUUCCAGCUGAUGCAGCAGAUGCAGGCGCUCGGGCAGCCGCCGAAGGAGCUGGUCGGCGAGUCGGAUCUGGGCAUCCAGUUUGACAGCGAUGGUAACCCGCGCCUGCCGGCCGGCCUCGGCGCCGCCGCCGGCGCCGAGUGUAGCGUGAUGUGAGGCGACGCUAGUGUCGGGAGAGGGGAGGGGAGGGGAGGGGAAGGCAGCGUCUAACGCGCGAUGGCCCGCGGUGUCACGUCGGGGAGCGGCCGGGUCCGGGCGUGUCGCGCGCCGACCGGCGGCGGACGCGAGCCUGGCCGCCCCGGCGCCUGGUAACCGAGAGGGCACCAGCUGUGUUCACGGCGGCAGGAGCGGCCGCGCGCCGACCACCCGCCCCGCGUCCGGUGCUGCCCGCUGGUGCCAGUGCUCAGAGUCUCACCGCCGCACGCGAGCUGUGGGUCCUGCGGUGCAGCGACGUGCCGCUGGGGGCGGCGGUGCUGUCCUGCUGUCGUCCGGCGAGACGUCUGACAUUAACGCCGCUAGAGCUGUCACGCAUGUGACAGCAGACUGCUCAGACUGGUUCUCAAGUGCAGCCUUCUGGAGCGUGGUGUCCAUUAUGUUCUGGGACUGGUGUGCGUUGUACACGUAUUUGUGAGUGGAACUUGUUACGAACAUUUAUACACGCUGCGUAAUGUACGCAAUGGUUCUAAGGUAGCAUGGGAGACGGCUAUGUUAUGCCGAAGAUAGGAGAUGGGCAUGUUAGCUACGGUGGGUUAUUCAUGACGCGCGAACGGGUCGGAAUGUCAGUUUGGUAAAUGAUAGCUACAGCCAGUUGUAAAAACGUGAGCGACCAUUGCCCUACGUGUGCAGUCGUUUGAGGUCAAAACCCAACCAAUCACAGAGCGAUGCGAAACGCAGGUUACGGAAUUCAUAAUUAGCGCUAGUGUUAUUGGUUAAGAGAUGCACACACGGAUCCGGCUAUGGUCAAGUGUGUGGGAGUGGUGUCUUUAUGUGGACUGUUCGCUGGGCAAGGCCAGACCAGGUGAAUAACGAUAUGCAUUCGCACGUUGUUGCUCGUUGUUGAUGCGUGAUAUGUCUGCGCUGGAACAGGCCGAAGCAGCAACAACGACACAAA